AUGAAGAAGGAAAAGGUACGACGAGGGAGAAUGAAAGGAAAUGUUCAAUUGGCAAAGAAGUGCAAAGAAAAUCAAACAGCCAUCACUGAAUUCAUCCUCGUGGGAUUUUCAAGUACUGAAAAACUCCAGAGUUUCCUCUUUUGGGUCUUUUUAGCUACCUAUCUUGUGACAAUAAUUGGGAACCUCCUCAUUGUAAUUUGUGUGUUGAGUGACCACAGUCUCCGCACCCCGAUGUAUUUCUUUCUAGGAAAUUUAUCCUUCUUGGAAGUCUGCUACGCGACAAACCUUGCCCCUAGGCUGCUCUUUGGCAUGAUAACCAAGGACAACACGGUAUCGUUUCCAGCCUGCAUGGUGCAGUUUUACGUCUUUGGUGCCCUGGCAGUGGCUGAAUGUCUCCUCCUCACCAUCAUGUCCUAUGAUCGCUAUUUAGCUAUCUGCCAUCCACUGCGUUACAUGGUGCUCAUGGACAGCAAGGUCUGCACUCAGUUAGCAGCUGGAUCCUGGGCUAGUGGCUUUGUAGGAACAUCAAUAACCAUCUGUUUGUUGUCUAAUUUAAGUUUCAGUGGUCCCAAUGAGAUUGACCAUUUCUUUUGUGACAUCACUUCUCUGAUAAAGCUCUCCUGCUCCGACACAUACUUGGUUGAGAUAAUGGUUUUCAUCUUCUCUUCAGCUGUGUCACUGAUCCCGUUCCUCUUUAUCCUGGCGUCCUACGUCUGUAUCCUCAGGGCCAUCCUGGGCAUCCCUUCCACCAUGGGCAGGCAAAAGGCCUUUUCCACCUGCUCCUCCCACCUCAUCAUUGUUAGCACCUUCUAUGGGACACUGAUUGCAAUGUACGUGGUGCCUUCGUCAGACCGCUCACUGGUCCUCAGCAAGGUCAUCUCGCUGCUCUAUACCAUGGGGACCCCAAUGCUGAACCCCAUUGUCUACAGUCUGAGAAACAAGGAAGUUCAUGAGGCUCUGAAGAAGCUUCUUAGGGCAGUAUCAGCUCCCACAAGAAAACUUUAA